GUGACGACGUGCACACGGAAGCUGGCAGAAGAUGGUUUAUACAUUGAUGUCUGCAUGGUCUGCAGUGAUGUAAAAAAGUUUAUGAAAAAACCUUACAUUGUGUCUGUUUUAGACGACAAUUCACAAUGUCAGAACUUGAACCAGCCUCCACUAGCGCUCCUACGAAUUCAACCUCUACAGAGACAACUCAAAACGCUUCAGAAAUCCCUGGGAAAUCAGAGAAUCAACAGCACCUGUACAUGGACUUCGCAAGCGAUGUUCCUCCAGUUUUGCCGACUGAUUCACAAUUGGGAGGAGAUGGAAUUAAACCAGAUAGUCAAGUAGUGCGAAAGGUAGAUCCUCGCCAACAAUGGAUAAACAAAGACUCGACAAAACCUUACUAUUGUAAGCUUUGUGACUUCAAUAUGGAGUCCAUGGAGGUUGGUGCAUUCUAGGAAAUCUUUCAUUUUAGCUUGUUAAUUUUUGUGUAGAGACAAGUUCACUUCUUUUACUUAAGUACAGAGUGAGUUAUCAACAGUCAUGUAGAACUGAAAAUAUAAAGAUUUUAAAGAUUUUUGCUGAAAGGAAAAGGACCAUAAUGUGGUAUUUAUUUAGGAAAUUGCUCCUUAAUUAAUUUUGUGUAAAGAAGAGACAGAAUAAUAUUAUAAGAGAGUUGUUUUAUUUUGCCUCCACUACACGACCGAACAAACAAAACAACACUUGGAGGCAUGGGCACGUUGGUCAGCCCGGGCCAUGAUACACUUUAUUAACUCACGUGAAAAACUCCACUGUUACAGUGAUUCUAAGAACAUGCUACAGCCGGACAAGUAAACCCGAAAAAACCAGCUAUUGGAAUAAUAGGGGUCAUGUAACCCCAACCCAUGCUAUGGUAUCUCCUUUGGGGUUAUAAGGCAAAACUAAUAAAAUAAGCCUAAUAACAUGAAGACGAGCAGAAAACGAGAUGCUACAUAAAAUAGCUAAGAAACAUAGUACAGAUGGUAACGAAAUUAAGGCUAACAUAAUAAGUGAAAACUAAACUAAACAAAGCAAGUUGAUGCGGUGAGGCUGACCGUAGAAUGACACGCAUAGCUAAACGGUCACUAUAUCAAACCCCCUAACCGUGAUCCCUCGGGUGCUAUGCUAGAACCCAGUUCUAGUUCCAUGGAUUAGUCAUGAUAAUUAAGGUGACUCCAUAGUUAUAAAUAAAAGCAACUCUCUUUGGGGUUCAAUUCUUUGGGUCUUAAUUGCCUAGACCAAGGUGAUAUACACCUCUACCAACUUGUGGUUGGGAAAAGAAAAUAAUUUGUUUAUUGUGUCUCACUUGCUAGCCAGCUAUAGCUUGCAUAAAUAUAUAAAACAUGGGUCUGGCACUGAAUUUCUGUCCCCAAAAAAACUUAAGAUAGAUUUACGCUGCAACUUUAAUUAGCAAAUACUUUCUGUUUGUUUUAGAAUGUACUUGACAGUUACCUCGCCCUACACCCUGCCAAUCAAACUAUUUCCUGAUUAAGAUCUGUAGAUAACAGCUGAAUCAUGGCAAUCAUUAACAAAUUGACCCUCAAAGAAAAAAUGGUAAAUUGGUCUAUCACACAGAAACCAAGACGAAUAACAUUUUUUACAUUUGGGUCUUGUUUUUUAGAAUUGAUGUAUUAUUCGUUCCUCUUAGGUGUUUCAACAUCACUGUAUGAGUCCACGACAUAUUAAACGAGCUAUUGAAGAGUUCAACAUCAAAUUACCAAAGAGAUUGGAAGAAAAAGAAGAAAAGAAACCACCUCCUGAAUUUCACUGUCAGGUUAAUAAAUCUUCUAAGCUUGCACAAUAUUAAUUUAAUGCACCAUUUUAUUCCAAGGAGAUGGUGGAGACGUGUAACUGUGAUCCAACUCAUGAGUCUUAAAACCAACUUCUAUUUAGCAAUGAAUCAAUAAAGAUUCAGUUUAAAGUCAAGUAUUGUUUUACAAUGAAAGACAAAAUGACUUUGCUUUUAAUAUGUUUAAACCUUGAGUGUUAAGUACCGGUAAAUGGCAAAUAAUUUUCUACAAGUGGAGGCAGCAAUGUUACUGGCUACCGACCCAGUCUCUUUAGCAUUGCCUUUCCAUGGUGCUUUGUUUUCUAGUGUACUUGUACAUUAUUUUUCCACUUGAAUUCUACCUUUAAAGCCACCACUACUUCAGAGGGGCUCAAUGGAGUUCAUUUCUUUCUUUUCAAAGAUUUUUUGUAGAGACAUGUAUUGUACCAUUUUAACUUUAGAGUUAAGUGUGAGAAAAAGAAUUAACCAUCUCCAAAGUUAGAACAACAAUGAUAAAAAUUAUUGUUCUUAUUGUAUCAUGCUAGAAACAUACAUGUACAGUUAUGUACAUGUAAAUCCUCAUGCAAGAGUUUUGGUAGAUACACUUUCAAUUUUAUAAAAAAAUGAUGGCCUUGAGAUUUUUGGAUAGAAAAUUAACAAUAACUAUGCAGAUAACAAGUUUAUGCUUUAUUGGAAUUCUUUGUUCAAAAAGUAACUAAGAAAAACUAAUCAAUGGUAAUUUUUGUUAUUUAUUGUCACUCAAUCAUGCUAAUUGGAAUUUUAGCUUUAGCAGGUGUAACAUUGUUAUUAUUAUUAUUAUUAUUAUUAUUAUUAUUAUUAUUAUCAUUAUUAAGCCAUGCCAUGUUCUCAAAUUGGAAUUCUUUUGAUUAUUAUUACCAUAUAAAUUUUCCACUUUCUAAUCCUUAAAGUAUUCCAUCAUGAUCUCUGUAUAUGAACAGAGUUUAUCAAUAAUUUUGUAUUAUUUUAAUACAUGCAUUCUAGGUGUGCCUUGUGACAUGCAACAGUGACACUGCUUGGAACUCUCAUCUUCUUGGGCAAAAGCAUAGAAAGGUACAUAAAAUACAGUUAAAGUUGUAAUUUUUCUUUAAUUUCACACCCAUAGUUGAGCAUUAGGGUAAAGAUUGGGCCUUGCAUAUUUUCUAACAUUUUUAAUUACUAACUCGCCAAUCAUUGUCAUUAUUCUUGCUCUGCCUGCUGUUUCACCAUCCAUCAUUGAUUCAAUUCAAAGGAUAAGGAAUUUCUCCACAUUCUUGUGAAAGAGUCUUAUUAGAUUGCAUAAAUCUCAGUCUUUUUUUUACAGUGAUUCUUUUCUUUUUGUUUGGUUGGUUGCUUUUGUUUUGUUUUGUUUUUUUAAAUAAUUAUCUUUCUUUAGUGACCACUAAGGGUUGCUUAAAAUGAGAUCCUACAGGUUCUUGUCUAAUAAAUUAUUAAGUUGUUUUGUUUAUUUUUCAAGGAACCCUUUCGAUUGAUUAAACAUAUACAAUAUCAUUUGUUGCAUUUUCAGCUGCUUGAGAAACAAGGGGCAGAGAGAGCCCUGCAAAAAGCUCAAGAAAAAAGCAUGUUGUUCAACAAUAUGAAUACAGGAUUUGGCCGGGGUGCUGGUAGAGGGGCUCCUGGGAGAGGUGGUGGUGUGGGCCCCAUNAGUCUUAUUAGAUUGCAUAAAUCUCAGUCUUUUUUUUACAGUGAUUCUUUUCUUUUUGUUUGGUUGGUUGCUUUUGUUUUGUUUUGUUUUUUUAAAUAAUUAUCUUUCUUUAGUGACCACUAAGGGUUGCUUAAAAUGAGAUCCUACAGGUUCUUGUCUAAUAAAUUAUUAAGUUGUUUUGUUUAUUUUUCAAGGAACCCUUUCGAUUGAUUAAACAUAUACAAUAUCAUUUGUUGCAUUUUCAGCUGCUUGAGAAACAAGGGGCAGAGAGAGCCCUGCAAAAAGCUCAAGAAAAAAGCAUGUUGUUCAACAAUAUGAAUACAGGAUUUGGCCGGGGUGCUGGUAGAGGGGCUCCUGGGAGAGGUGGUGGUGUGGGCCCCAUAAAAGGAGGAUCCUAUAAUCCUGGACACAUGCGUAAACCCUAUGAGAAGCCUAUGCAUGCUGUGCAACAACCAAGUCCCAGUGGUCCGAUUGGUGCAAGAGACUUUGCUACCUACCCAGAACCCCUUAUAGGUGAGUUAUGCAUAAUUUCUACAGCAACUCGGUAUUGCAAUGCUUUGCUCAAAAGUAAAAUUAUAAUGGUAACAAGCACUACAUGUAGCUUGUUGCCUUAAUGAUUACAGUUGUCAUCAAGUCGAGACCAGCUUAAUAUACCCUGUAAAUCAUACCAAUUCCGGGCUGUGCUCUAAGUAGUAGUGCCCAAUGAUCUUUGGCAAUUUACUUUUUCCCUUGGGCAACGAGGAUACAUGUAUUUGAGUAGGUGGAAUGCGAUGUAUGAUCAUGUGAUAUGGUAGUCCCGAAUAGGAUUGAUGUUGACAGUGACUUUAACUUUUUUGACAACCUGUCCAGUAGUCAUCAUCAGAGUCAAUAAUUACCAUGCAGGUUGUUAGAAGGUCCAUCACUGUCAACACAGUCCUAUUUAGGAGUACGCCCACCUGGAGAGUUAUAAUCCACUUACUUGUGAAAAUAAUAACUCCUGAGUUCAAACCAAAUGCAGGGCUUGAAAAAAAGUGCCGUCUGGUAGUCCUAGACUACUAGAUUUCCCUGCCUGGCAAGUGAUUCUGCAUACUCACUUGCCCUGGUUCAGGCAAAUCAUAUUCUGCUAAAUACUGUAACAAACAAAAGCAUGCAAUUCAAUGACCUGGGGAAAGCUAAACAUGAAAACAGCUUCUCCAAAGGACAAGCUGGAAUUGAGUUUUUUUAAGCCCUGCAAUUUCCAUUGAGCAUUCAAUUACAGUACACUGUAUGUUCAUUGUGUAUUCAAUGCUAUAUACAUGUAAUGUGAAUAGUUCAAAUUUGAACUUUGUCUUUGUUAGUCAUCAUUGCAUGUAGCAUAACAAUAUUUUACAUGUUCUGGAUGACUCUCUUACUGUACAAGCAAUCUCUGGCAGACAGUGACCAUCCUUGGUGUCUAUCUGCAGGGGUUUCAAUAAAAAUUGAAGUAGCCAGCAGGUUUGAAUAGAGUAACCGACAGUAUCAACAAGGGGCCAUUAGCCCCCCCUUUUGAGGGGGUUGAGGAGGAGGUCUGGGCAUGUUCUACCCCAGAAAAUUUUAAAAUUUCAAAGUCCUAAAAUGCAAUUUUCAGCAUUCUGGGGACUAAAUUUGAGGACAAAAGAGUGUGUAUUUCAUUCAAGAAAAUGUUAAUCUUUCAAUUUGUCAGUUUCACAAUCAAUUCCUGAUGAUGAAAACUAAAUUACGUACUUUUGCAUGUAAACAAAUUCUGUGUAAACAUAAUUUAUAAAGAAACUUGUGGAAAAAUGACUGAAAUAUAGGGUUCACAUGACUAAAGCAAUGUAAAACCAGUGGGCCUUCAUGAAAAAAACAUCAUAAUUAUGUUUUAUUCAGAUUUUGUGAUAUUUUUUUUCUUUACAAUGCUAAUUAAACUAGUUGCUUCUUCUUUCUAGAAGAAAGUAGCUGACCUCUAUCAGCCAAGUAGGCGACACAUUUUGUCGGCCGUCAGUGCUUAUUGAAACCCCUGUAUUGAUUUUGGGACUGGGUAGAGACAGCACUUUGCUUGUCCAUUCCCAUCAGGCUGGUCUGUGCCUACGUAAAGCUCAUUAGAAGAAAUAACCAAUUACAUGUACUUUAAAAUGAUUUUAGGAUGGAAUCCAUCAGGAAAUUGAGCAAUGUCAUCUUUCAGUGGACGAAAACCUAGUACCAGAAUAAUUUAAACAAUAUCGCAUUUUUUAAUAUUUUUCAAGGGCUAUAGAUAUAAUUAGUUAUCUGUAAUAACACCAAAGACUAUUUCUCAUGAGAGCCUCAAAUUUCACAAGAAUUGUGAAAACACAGGUAAAAUUUUGAAAAUUUCAUGUGUAAGAUGUCAUUUUGUGAAAUUUGACAUUUAUUUUCUCGGGCUCCCAUAAUAAAUUUUUCGUUGAUGUUUGACAGAUAACUAAUAAUUAGUUAUAAACAUCAAAGAAAAUUUAUUAUGGGAGCCCGAGAAAAUUAAAUGUCAAAUUUUGCCCUUGAAAAAUGAGAAAAAAUUAUAAUGUGAUAUUGUUUAAAUUAUUCUAGGACAAGGUUUUUGUCCUCUGAAAAUUAAAAUUGCUUAGUUUCGUGAUGGAUUGUGUUGUAAUCCACUGUAUGUGGAAAUGCUGACUAUGUUGGUUGGUAAUAAAGAUACCUUGUCAUCUUGAAAAAGUGGUUUUUGUACAUUAAUGUGUGCUUUUCUAAAGUACAUGACUGUACAAAAGUCUCACUGCACUAAUAACUACAGUAGUCGCUUAUUCAAUUUUGCUGUUACCAUACCCCAAGCCAAGCCCAACCUGGUAAUCAUAGGGUUGGGGCUAAGGAUACCCACAACAUAACUAGCAUUAGUUUCUUGUGUGUUAUAUGGGAGCCAUAUUCACCAUUAUUUAAUGUACCACUCUAAACUUGGUACAAGAGUAGAACAGUACUACAUGCAUUUCUAAAAAAGUGAUUGUACAGUAGCCUAUAUGGCUGUUAUAACCAUGAAUGGCUCUGUUAAGCUCAAGAGGUAUAAUGUAUGUAGGCUUGUACCAGUAACACUCAAACAAAGCUAAGACUUCUUUGAAUCCCUUCUCAGGGAUGUGCCCAAGGGGUAGAUGGUAACAGAAAGGACUGAAGGCACUUAUCCUGUGAAAGACAGAUACACUCCAGAAUGUUUGAUGACAGUUAUUACUGUGUUAAGCUGUGUAUAAUCAUGUAAAACAUGGUAGCUAAAAUUUUGAGUCAAGAUUAAGGAGAAAGAAAACAUACACAGGCAAAUACAGUAACUUGAUUAAGGAAGUUGAUACAUGUAGCUGAUGUGAAAGUGCAUGGCAAGAUGUCUUGCAGUUGUUUAGGUGUAAAUGCUCACUCUUUGUGGUACAUUUCCACCUUUUCACAAUCUGGAGUGUUAUGCCACUUGUUCUGUUGCUGUAGGCCUGGAGUAUGUUACAGAAUAGGUCCAAUAUCCUGUCUCGGGCUCCAUGGUGACGCUCGACACACUGAGGUUUAAACUAGUGAACUUGAAGUUCCCUCACCUUGUUGGAAGCAAACAUCGUUUCAAUGUGCUGGUGAGUAGACAAGACCUAUGAGAUGUUUGUACCCAUUAAAAUGUGACAAAUGCCUUAAGGUGGCUAUGCCAUUCUAUUUGCUGUCUUUUUAGAAAGCAAACGUUUUUCACAUCAGUUGAAUUCCAAAAGUAAUGGUGUAGUAGUGUUCAGGGCUGUCAUUAAGAGCCGGGGCGGGGAUUUCCCCCAGCUAUCAUAAAUGCGGUACCCUGUUACUUUCAUUGGAAUAAUGAAGAAAAAUAAGACCAGAAGAAAUCCCUAGCUGUUUGAUUCCCCUCAUACUUACUGUAUUUACGCGGCAACUUGAAAUCUUAGUGACAACCCUGUCGUGUUGUUAUCCAAGACUAUAUUUAAGCACUGAAUCUGUUUCCUGUCAUUUGUUGCAACAAUGACAAGAAUGGACAUGGAUUAAAACUUGAAAAAGUUGGGCAAUGUUUUCAAGUUUUAACACCCUUUCUGCAAAAAUCACCAAAGAACUUAUUAUGGUUAGUGCUCCCUGGUGAAAUUUGUUUGAUAUCUUAUUCAUAACUCUACUGGGGCAUUUUGUAUACCGGUAAAGGCAAUAAGCAUUGACUGCAGAACAGAAUUGCCCUAAAACAGCAGUAUCUUUCUUUUAGAGACUGGCAAAAUUAUUUACAACAAACAGAGUUCAAUUCAGCACCAUUACAAUGUACAGUGUAUAUACAACAUCUGAAUCAAGUGCUGUAUUUAAUUUGAGUCUGCUAAAAAUAGGAGCCGAAAUUCAACUUCUGAGGCCCGUAAUCACAGCUUUGCACUUCCUUCCAAUAUCAAGUAGUUAAGACGGAAUCCAUCAGGAAAUUGAGUAAUAUUAAUUAAUUUUCAGUGGACAAAAACCUUGUACCAGGAUAUUUUAAGCCAUAUCUUAUUCUUUUUUGCCCUUUUUAAGUGCUGUAGAUGUAAUUAGGUUUCUGUAAUAAUGCCAAAGACAAUUUCUUAUGGGAGCCCGAGAAAAUAAAUUUCAAAUUCUGCUGGAAUUGAGAAAACAUAGGGAAAAUUCAUUUUGUUAACCUUGAAUCUUUUGAAGUUUGUUUUUUUGGGCUCCCAUGAAAUCCUUUUCUUUGAGGCUAUUUCAUAUAACUUAUUACAUUUAUAGCCCUUGAAAAGUGUAUAAAAGAAUGCAAUAUGCUUGAGAUUAUUCUGGUACAAGCUUUUUGUCUACUGAAAAUUAAAAUUACUCAAUUUUCUUACGGAUUCUGUCUUAAAACCUUUUUUCAAAUUUAUUGUGACAAUUCAUUUCCAAAGACAUGUUUGAGCGCUGAAGGAAGUUUUUGAAUGUUUUCUUUAUAAUUAUUCACCUUUUCUGAGUAAAAUAUUCCAUUUUGAAAUGGGGUUAAAGAGGUCAUGAAGUUCAAUGAUUGUUUGCAUGGGAUUUCCUGAGAAUCUGAAGUCAAGUUACUUCAAUUAAAGUGUAUCUUAAAUGGUGAUGAAUUGUCAACUUCACAAAAUGAUGAAAGAUGGUUAUGUUAGAAUUUUACGGGUACAUUCUGGGCUUACAACAUCUGUCCGAUUUUACAUUGAUGUGUGAAAAGUUUCCUGUAGAAUUGACAGGACUGGUUUUACUGAUCAAUGGAUGAAGAAUGGAAAAGAAAGAGUUGUGCCCAUGUACAUUUUUGUUGCCCACAAGCUUACAGCUUUAGAUCCCUCUGACUUGGACAUAAACAAUCUUUUGUUUAGUUUCUGAAGUUUACCUUGGCUCACUAACUUUUCAGAUGUCAAUAAUUCUGGUUUUCCCAUGUAGAAUACAAUAAAAAAAAGACUUUGCACUAGAGAGUUUUUUUACAGGUCAAAUUCAGGUUAAUUUUUUACAACUUAAAUUUAAUAGGUUGAUUCUUGAUUUCAUCUGUCUCCUAGCCCUAAUAUUAUUCAUGAAUUAGGGCUAGCAGACAAAGAAAAUUGAGAAUCAACCCGGGUUAAAAAAUUUUAACCUGAAGAUAGUUUUGACCUGUGACAUUUACACAAUAGACCUGUGUCACUCAGUGGCCAUUUUGUCUCAGGAGGUUUAAAAAGCUUUGCUUAUGCACGGCUAGCCUCGUUCUCUCUAUGAGGCUAGCCGUGUAUAAUCAAAGCUUUCGAAAUCUCCUGAGACAAAAUGGCUGCCGCGUGACAAUGGUGUAGUACAGGUGAGCCCAGUUUGCAUUGUGACCUGUAGACCUUUCCCUUUUCUUUCAAAAUGGCAUUUUUUACUUAAAAGUGCAAAACAUCAGGUCCGGGUUGUUCAAAUGUGGGAUAGCGCUAUCCACCAGAUAAAUCACUAUCAAGUGGAUACAUGUAAAUAUUGGGGAAACCAAUUGCGCUCUCCACUGGAUAGAGAUUUAUCCAGUGGAGAGCAUUAUCCACCAUUUGAACAACUAGGGUCAGACAUUCUGUGAUUACAAGACUGGUGUUGAAAGUACUUACCUAUGGCCAUCAUGGCUCAGAUGUAAACCUUGGUCUGGCUCUCUCUUUACUCAAAGGGGAUAAGUCAUGCUAUCUUUAUAAAUAGUUAAAUGGUUUUAACAUGUAUUGAAGUCCAAUGGUCUUGUUAUAUUUGAGGCAUUGAAACUGUUUAUUUUCAUCCUCUGCUACUGGUGACAGGUGAACAUGGACUGAAAUUUGCAAACAGUGGGCCAAUAUUUUGUUUUAAUGGUGGGCCAGCAAAAAUCACCAAAACAUUAUUAUUUUAAGNAUUACAAGACUGGUGUUGAAAGUACUUACCUAUGGCCAUCAUGGCUCAGAUGUAAACCUUGGUCUGGCUCUCUCUUUACUCAAAGGGGAUAAGUCAUGCUAUCUUUAUAAAUAGUUAAAUGGUUUUAACAUGUAUUGAAGUCCAAUGGUCUUGUUAUAUUUGAGGCAUUGAAACUGUUUAUUUUCAUCCUCUGCUACUGGUGACAGGUGAACAUGGACUGAAAUUUGCAAACAGUGGGCCAAUAUUUUGUUUUAAUGGUGGGCCAGCAAAAAUCACCAAAACAUUAUUAUUUUAAGUGUUCCCUGAAGAAAUUUGUCUUAUGUUGUCAUAAAUCUACAACAGCAUUUUGUAUAUGGGUAGCUUUUACAUGCAAAAUAACUGCAAGUAAACCUACUCUGGAGCAGCUUGAUCAUUAUUCAGUGGGAAAGCAAAUCAAGAGAACAAGAAAGUAAAUGAAAAAAAUCAGGCAGACACUGCCUCUUGAUAUGAGGUACAAUAUAUUAUUAUUAUGUAGAAAUGGAAAUCAUUUACCACUGGUUUGUUGCACUCUCUUGUUCUCUGUAACCUUGUUUUCAUGAAUUGUUUCCUGGCUUUUAUCACAGGAAACAAAAAGAAAAUACAAUCAAAAGAACUUCCUUACUGUUCAUUUCCCUGCUUGCUAAUUGCAUAUACUCAGCAACUUAAAAUUUUAGUGAAAACCCUGCCAACUGAAAACCUUUCUCAUAACAUUAUUAAUUAUCAUAUUUUAACCCAGUUAUAUGAUUAAUUUAUAAUUUUAAUUUUCGUUCAUUCAACAUUGCUCCCAUCAUAAACAGUUACCAAAUGUUGUACCUUCUUGAGGGAAUUCUCGAAUUUCAUUCACUUUUAAAUGUUUUUAACCUUUGUGGAUUAAAUGAUAAAAAUUAAACAAUUCUUCUGUCCCUCUCACAGAAAGAGAAGGUACCAGAGGUUGCUCAGAGUGUCCGUGGCGAUGUCAAAAAGAGGUCAGAAUUGUCCAGUAAGCUCCUCGAGGAAGCAAGUAAACUUGAAAUGAUGGAAGGACGACAGCAGGUGAAAACCAGAACAGAAAAGAGCCCGUUUAACCGUAUCAACAACCAAGCUGCAGGUGAUGUGGGUGGAUUCAGUGGGAACUUCAAGGGGCAGCAAUCAUCUAGAGGAGGUCAGUUGACUCUCAGUGGUGCCUAGCAUCAGUAGGGAGUUUUAGCAACGACGACAGCUACGCUAACGAGAACGGUGAAAAAACAAUAUGUUUGAUUAGGAAAACAACAACUUUGCACGUGCAUCACGCUUUUUUGUACAUUUCUUUGCCAUCACUGCACGACUACGAUGUGAAAAUGCCUAAUUCACGAUUUCUGGAGAACGUAAACAAGCGAAGACGAAUUUUCCCUUCUCUUUCUAAACUUGAGUCCGGUCCCCAAGAAAUCAACUCCAGCGAAAUUCGCUUACAUUUCACAUUUUCAGGGAAUUGGAAUAAACGCAACAAAGUUUGAAAAAAAGCGAAUUCAUUUUUAAAAAGACUUUUUCGCUGCUGUCGCCGUCGUCGAUGCUAAAGCUCCCUAGUCUUACAGUGCAGCUAUUGUCAACGGGGCCACCAAGACAAAGUUGACUAACUGGAUUACAGGAGAAUAUUAAGUACAGUGGUUUUUUAGCCAAUUAGCAAAUCAUAAGUAAACAGCAAAUUACUCGAAGGACAAAAUUUAAAUAUUGAUGGCAAAUGUUUCAAAGAAAGAAAAUUUACCAUUAGACAACGUUUUUCUGUCUGAAACUAAAAGAAAUAUAGUGCCUAUGAGACAUAUUUGUUUGUUACAAACUGUUAUUUUGUUAUCAAGCAGCUAUUUCUUUGCUAUCUGUUGACAAUGGUGGCCCCAGUUUCAGUGGACUUGCUCUACUCUUUGUUUACUGCAGUGAAUGACCAGGGCAUUUGUUCUUAGUGUUGCCUUACGUGAUUCUCAAAAGAGGUUGCAAAGGUUGAAGGACACUCAAGGUUAUUUUUGUGAGUGAAUUCUGCUGGCUGGCUGCCAUCAGAAAAUGCUUUGCUGCAAGUUUGUCUGUGGAAGGUAGAGUAGGGUGUACAGGGUUGAACAGCCCCUUGUGACACCAAUCAAAUUUUGAUCUUUCAGGAGGGCAACAGUGGCAGAAUCAAAGAGGAAGAGGGCAGGGUGGUGGGCGUGGCAAUCAGAUGGGUACACGUGGCAGAGGACAGACGUAUGGAGACAGACAGAAUAACACACGUGGUGGAAUGCAAGGUGGGCGUGGUCGAGGAAACCAGCAGGGAACCCCAUAUAAUUAUAACCAGCAGCAAUCAGGAUCUUACAGAGGCAGCAGAGGCAGAGGCAGAGCUAGAGGAAGAGGAGGCAAUAACCAGAAUCAGUCAUGGAAUCAGAACUUCUCUUCUUACAACAAUGCACCAAACCAGACAUUUGUGGACAGUUCUUACGGUGGUGAUAAUGAUGGUUACCAGUGGGAUAAUAGUGCACAGGGAGGAGGGUAAGCGCCUUUUAGGUCAUUAUACUGGAAAAGGCUUUUUAACAAUUAUUCCUCGAGCCCGAAUGGGCUCUGAGUCAAUAGCCCAUGCCAAUUGGCCAAAUGGGCUAUUGACUCAGAGGCUAUGAGGGCGAGAGGAAUAAUUGUUUUUGUAAAAUCUAACUAGUUGAUCAAAAAUAUCGAGAAUAAAAAACUUUUAGCUAGUUAAAGCUAGACUUUAAUCCUUUUUUGCCGCCAAAAAGCCCGCGCUUUUCGCUACUAGUGGGCUAUAACAUAUAGCCUAGUAGUACCUCAACCAAUCAGAAUGCAGCAUUGAUAAUAGACCACCAGUUGGAUUUUACUAAAAUCUUUUAUCAAAAUAAUUCUCUCUACUUAUUCUUUAAGGUAAUGUAUGGACAUCAGUCUGGAUGUUUGAGUGUGUAUUGGUUAAUGCAUGUGACAAUUUUUCUUCACUCAUUGCUUAACCAUUGUUUUGACAUUGCCUUGUAUCGUACAGGGAGCGAAUGUUGCCACCAGAGGCAUUUGGAUCCAGAUCUCAGCCCCAGGCACAAGGUCAGCAGUUUAUCAGCUAUGAUGAACACUAUGAUGAUUACUAUGGCAACCAGAACACUUCCUACGGUGGCUCUAACUAUGAGGUACAGUAAAUAACACCUUUAAUUUGGUGCCCUUUAUGAGUUCUAGAAGUCCUGGCUCAUAGAGAAAAUUGCGCUUGAUAUUUGUUCAGGAGCUUUAAGGAGACUUUGACAAGAUGCUUUGCUCGGCCCCGCUAGCAUUAGUGCUAUAAAUACUGCCGAGGGUAAAUAACGGAAUUAUUGUUAUUAUUAUUUUUCAACUUGGUGUGAAGGCAACCCCCAAAAAUGUUUGUUUUUCCUGAAUGAGGCCUCUCAAUUCAUUGUCUUGAUGACCUGUGCAUGUACAGCUGGUGUAUCCACUUUUCCAUAGCUGAUAUCCCCUAUGCGUUGCAAAAUGUAUUACUACUGCUGCUCAUUCUUUUUAGUAUAUUGAGCCAUACGCCGACCAGAGCACAUAUUCCACUCAGAGCGCUAAUCAACAACGUUUUCAGCCACCUGCUCACACACCAAGUGCCAAUGUUGGCAGCAGUGUAGGCAGUGAUAGUGGUGGAGUUUCCGGAAAAAGUAACGUCAGCCUUCUGCAGGGAGCAAUAGCAGAUUUGGUGAGUUAAAUAUUAAAAUAGCUUUCUCUUCGUGAAGUACCAAAUACGCGAUGAGUGAAAAUAGGAAAUAGCUUCAAUAGAGUUUUAUCAAAAUUCUAACAAUUUCCCUUGUCUUGCCUUCUCCGCGAGGGAAAUUGUUAGAGUUUUGACAAAGCGCAGGUGAGACACUGGCGGACUGUAUUUCCUAAUUUCACCAGUAUACCAUUUGAUUAGCUUAAUAAUGUUAAUACUAGUAAUAGCCGAGGUUACAGAGGUGCGAGUGACAUUGCUCGAAGGUAAAAACCCUUUAGCUCUAACGCUGCGCUUUGCGUUAGUUUCACGUGAUAGAUGCUCGAAAUGCGAUGAUGCUCGAAACUAAAUUGUUGCAUGCGUCCCGUAGGACGCAAAGAUCGAUUGAUUGAUCGGAAGACUUUUUUUUAGAAUAUCCUGUUUGGGUGAUUUCUGUGGCUGUUCUUGUGGCUGUUGUUAAACGACGCUUAUUUCUUUUAGGGCGCUUUCCAUUCACCAAAAAUUCCGGUUUGAAAUUUCGGAAACUUCACGUGCUAAAUGGAACGGUACAUUCCGGUUGCACAGACCCGACCCAAACCACCGCGCGUUUUGUUAUCGUGGCUUUGCAGCAGACAAGCAGACUCAAAAUUACACUCUAAAAGAGAAGAGUAAAUACUGCUUAUAUCCUAAAGAACACUCAACUGUCGAAAAGGGGCGGUGGAAAACUAAAGGCGAAGGAAUCCUAUUUCGUGUAGAAAGCCUAUGAAUGCAAGUUAAGGUAAAAAAUUCUCGUGAAUUGUAGCGAUUCGUUUGUCGGAAUAUUGGAACGAUUCGAAGCAAUUCCCGGAACUGUGCGAUAAAUAAAUUCGGUGUUUUGGCCAGAUUUGUAUUCAGCCAUAAUAUCUUGGACAGGUUUCAGACAAAUAAUACGCUGAUUCUCACGGACUUUAUACACACACUUUUUUCACCUACGUGUCGUGUUGCAUCAUUUAUUUGUCUCGGUUGAUGGCAAAUAUCAAAAGUCGAAAAAAAUUGCAACUGAUUCAAACCAUUUGAGAUGUCUUGGCUUUACUCACAGUCCUUCACUUUCCAUUGGAAACUACUUGUUCUUGUAAGCAGGAUACAAAAGAGCGCUACUGGGGACAACAAUUUUGGCAAAUGGAAAGGGACAUUUCGGUCCGACUGACCGAAAUGACCAGACCGGUCACUGAUGACCACCUUCAAAGCUGGUCCCGAAUAUUCCGGUCGGACCAAACCGAAAUGGUCCGUUCCUUUUGAUGAACCAACCGAAAUUUCCGGAAUUUGGGGUUGAAUGGAAAGCGCCCUUAGUCUUUGUUGUGCUUUACAAUGGAAGGAGUAUAUUUUUAUUUCAGUAUACCGUAAUACACAGUUAUGGAAUCUGUCUUCAGAUUAACUGUGUGGUUACAAAAGACCUAGUGAAUCAUUGUUUUUUUUUAACUGGGACUCAAUGUUUCUGGACUGGGACUCGUGAUUUUUCACAAGAUGAGUUCCAGGACUCACCAGCGGAUUUGAUAUUACGUGUGUUAUCCAGUUAGGAAAAGGGGAAUGUUAAUCAGUAGCUUAUUCAUGUUAUUUUAUUGCAAGAAGUGCACAUGUGGCUAAAGAAGAAUGAUGACCUAAAAGGCCGAGUUUUAGCAGCUCUCAGUUCUGUUGGGAGCCUGCGAUGGACAGAAUGCCUGAAGCGAUUUACUAAAUAACACUGACUUCUGAAAGCCAAGAAUGUGUGGUAUCUAGAAAAUUUGAAGUAAAUGCCCUGAUAGCAUACCCGGAUCAGUUGAUGAAGGGACCUUACUUAUUGUGCCUAAAAUCUACAUAAUGUAUGGAUUAAAAUCAACGUGGAUCUCUCCAAGAGAUAAUUACUCAUUGAUUUCCUUUUAUGUUUGCCUUUUGUGUGUGUUUAUUGUUUAGGGAAAGCUUGUUAGCAGUGAAGAGGAUGCUUCAAUGGCCUUGCAAGUGUCCAACGCCCUAACGCAAGCAUUGCUACAGUUUCGUAUGAACAAUCUUAGUAAAGAG